GCUUAUUUUCAGAUUCUUCUUAGAUCUCGCAGUAUCAAAGUUUCCAUUAAACUUUUUGGAAUGAUCCAAGCCAAGAGGAUUCCACCAAAGUGGUUCUCUUCCAGUUUUUUCUUCUCCUGAAACUCUUUAGUAUCUUGUAGGUACAUUAACCUAUACCACAGAAAGGUUCUAGGGUCAAUGAAAGGAGUUCUUGGUCCUUUUCUGGCGAGUGUGUUGAUCUCCAUUUCUUUCGAUUCCAAAGUGACCAGGAACCCAGACCAAACAGAGUUUUUGGCUAUUUCCUUGAUUAUUUGACCACGGUUUCAUAUCAGUUCGAAACCAUUUCCGUUACAAAUUUUAAAAAAUGUUUCAGAUGGGAUCAUGGCACAAAACAGCACGAUCUUGUUUCCAUUUUUGAACAGAACGUCGAUUACGAUGCUUGACGAAAAUAACGAGCCAGUGAAAGCUCUUUUCAUGCGUCCUGAGGCAGGUCGAUCAGCAGCAGAUAUGAACUAUAUGAUGAGCACCAUUGAAUUCACUCUGUUCACAACAAAGAGGCCAGAAGGUAUAGUUGUAAAGAAUGCUGAACAUCUAAAAGCAUCUACGUUUGACCCUAAAAAGACAGUCAAGUUCAUAACUCACGGUUGGUUGUCUAGUGGAACGUCAGACACAUGUGUUACCAUUAAGGAUGGUUAUUUAAAUAAUUUUGGUGCUAAUGUCAUCAUUAUGAAUUGGCAUGAAAUCGCUAAGGACUAUUGUUAUUUCACCCCAAUGGAUUUUGUUCCAAAAGUAGCACACCACUAUGCAGCUUUCAUCAAUGAUAUGAUUCGUAAUUUGGCUGUAGAUCCAAAAAAAGUCCAUCUAAUCGGUCAUAGUCUAGGAGCCCACGUAUCUGGUUUAGUAUGGAAAGAUAUGGAAGGAAGAAAACCAGGAAGAGUUACUGGACUGGAUCCUGCUUUCCCAGGGUUCGACCACAUAAUUAUGUUCAAUGACAGAAUUUCCAAAGAAAGUGCAGACUUUGUUGACAUCAUUCAUAGUUGUGGAGGUUUACUUGGGAUUUUGGAUCCAUUGGGACAUGCAGAUUUUUAUCCCAAUGGUGGCGUAGCUACUCAACCAGGAUGCUCUGAUUUCCAGGAAGCUUGUAGCCAUGGAAGGAGUUGGAAUUAUUUUGCAGAUAGUGUGCUGUAUCCAGACAGAAAAUUCCGAACCAUGAGAUGUGACAGUUGGGAUGAAUUCUUGUACCAAAAAUGCAAUAAGAGCGAAAACGUGAUGAUGGGAGAAGAAGUGUCACAUACAGCACGAGGAAAAUAUUUUCUUAGGACUAAUAAGAAACGCCCAUUUGCCAUUCGUUGAUUCUAAUUAGAUUUUUGUAUUUUGUUAAUUAUUUCUGCAUAAAAUUUAUAUUGUGAAUUGAAAGGACUCGA